UCAAUUUUAAUAUAUAAAAUUUUCUUAUUUCCCCCUCCAGAUUUUCCUUCCCUCCAAACACCAUUGCAAUUCCUACGAUUGGGUUGGUGACGGGCCUCAAAGAAAAGUUAUAAUAAUGGAAAUAAAAACAAAAAUGGGUUGAUUUUUCUUCGCUGGAGGCUAGCUUUCCCGGGAAAACUUACAUCCUUUUUCCAGCCUUCUCUCCCUCAGCUUCCACGGAAACUUUUUUUCUGAUUGAUUGAUCCAAGAGUACUUUAUGUAGUCGUGGGUGGAUUUACAAAGUAAUGGAAGGAAAAUUUCGUUGGGGGAUCUAAGAUUCGCCCUCACGAGAGAGAUAACUUUAAUUUAUUUUCCUUGAUUUAUUUAUAUAUAUUUUUUUAUCUUGAAUUUGAUAGGAAUUAAUAAUAUUGCUUGAAUUUGAAUGCAUGGAGUCUGAAAUAUUUUCAACUCCAAGAGAUUUGACCAAAUGUUGUGAUUGCGGUUGUCCCACUUGUUCUUUGAUUGGUAAACCUUCAAGUACUUGGUUUCGAUCCGUGAAGCGAAAAUUUGAUGAAUUUGAGACUGGAAAUCGGUUUUAUGUUCCGGAAUUUGAUCUUUUUUCAAAUCCCAGAAUCCAAAUUGAGACCGAAUGUGUUGUUUUGCGGGAGACUGUUUGCGGCCAACAGGCAACAAUAAAGGAUUUGUAUGCCGAAUUGGAGAAGGAGAGAAAUGCCUCGUCGUCAGCAGCGACUGAGGCGAUGUCGAUGAUAUUAAAGUUGCAGAAACAGAAGGCAGAGGUCCAAAUGGAGGCAAGCCAAUUCAAGCGUUUUGCAGAGGAGAAAAUGGCGCAUGAUCAGGAGGAGAUACUUGCCUUGGAAGAUCUUUUGUAUAAGAGAGAACAGGCUGUUGAAUCACUUACUUGUGAAGCAUUGGCUUACAAGCAUAGGAUGAUGAGUUACGGUCUUACGGAGGCCGAGGCCAAAGGGGAGAAGGAUGAAGAGGUUCAGAGUCUGGGUACGGCUCAGAACUUUGAUGUGCAAGUUGAUCUUCGCUCAUAUGAUUAUCCACCACUAAAGUGCAUUUUGAAUGAGAAUCCUGGUGAUCAGGUUGAAGAUGUUGAGAAAUGUGCUUUCGUAGAGACCCCUAAUACUCGAGAACGGUCGAGGGAUUUGGAACAAAGGACCCCUAAUACUCAAGAUCAGUCGAGGGAUUUGGAACAAAGGGUCUUACAAGCGGAGAGGAAUCCCAGCAGCAGUCAGAUGGAUGGAGGUUUAAUUGGAACAAAAAAUGUUCUCAAGAAGUUGAUAGUCGGCCAAUCUCCCAGGCGAAUAAGAACCACAAGAAGAUUUUCAGCUGAUAGUUGUAAUUCGUUCCUGGAUAAAGAGACCGCUUCAGAGUUUACCAUCAGUUCUCCCCGGUUUAACAUUGGUUCUCCUAAGUUUACUGCUUGCUACAAGAAGAUAGAGUCGGGUUCAAAGAUGGAUGAGAUUUCCAACUCAAGAAGAAUGGAUAAAACUUCAGAAGUUGGAGAUGAAACGAGUGACAGAACCAUUGAUUCAGUCCAUCAUGAGGUGGCAUAUAGUGAAACACCCGAACCCAAACCUGGAAUUGGAACUGGUGACGAAUUUGCAUCCACUCCAAGGGGGGCAUUUAACCUGCCUGGUGCUUGUGAUCCUGAUAUCAAGAAGCUCUAUUCAAGGCUUCAGGCCCUUGAGGCUGACAGGGAAUCAAUGAAACAGACAUUGUCAUCAAUGCGAACUGACAAAGCGCAAUUAGUUUUAUUGAAAGAAAUAGCUCAACAUUUGUCCAAGGAAAUGCCAUCAAAUAGACAAGUAACAAAGCCAUCUUCUCCUGGAAGCUUGCCAUUCAUGUCAGUCUUGAAACUACCUGUAUCGAUCGUCACCGAGCAAGGUUGGCUUGCUAAUGCUUUUAGACAAGGGCCCCCAGCUGAGGCAGUGGCGACACCUUUUAAGCACGCAAGUCUGAUCAAGCCAUAAAUGUGUAAAGUUUGCAUCCAUUAUUCUAAUGGAUUCCUUUGUGCAGGAUUUGGUAUAUUGUGCAGUAUUCUUUUAUUUUAUUUAUUUAUUUAUUUAUUAUGGGAUUAAAUACAUUUUGCUGAUGGAUCGGCAAAAAAAAAAUGGAUGAAUAUGAGCUUACUCGCUCGUAAAUUUGUUGUUUUUCAGUUUGAGGUAUGUGUGUAUAUUUCAGAUUAUUGUAUGUU